UCAGUAUACAAGUGGGUCACCUGGGGUAGUCUUCAGCUGCGGCAGGUAAAAGGCAGUAUAUAUAGUGUGGAGCGACCGCCACUGACUCACUCGCUUGGCUCCUCUGCUUCCUGUAACUUGUACGGUAUUACCUACAGUAUACUUCACGCCGCCCCAAGCUCACAAUGGCCACCGCCUUUCCCACGGGUUUUGCGCCUAUAAUCAUCACUGCCAACAACACAGGGACAAAUAACAACGAUUUUGCUAAUGUGGCAGCUGUUACCGCGGCAGGUGCCAGUAUACUGACUGCUAUAGCUGUCAUUUUCUUGAUCAUCUUUACUAGUACCACGCAAACUUUCCGCUCUGGACGCUUCAGGAGGUCAAGGAAUAGGCGUGAUAUGUUGGGUGACGAGGAUACCAGAGUCAAUAGCCUGCUGGAGCUGGUGCGUGCGCAGGAUGUAACAGGCUGCGGCAAGAAACUCGUAUGUGAGCUUGCUGCCCAGCCCGAGGACCGCCUCCCAGAUGUCGCACGCAACGUCCUCAAUCUCGUCAGAUCUGUGGUGAAGCCUGGGGAAGGGCUUCUCCCUCCUGGUGCUGCUGGGGAGUACCUGGAAGCCAAGAAUCACGGCCUCUUGGGGUUGGACUGUGCCCAAGAGUACCCCGUCUGCCCCUACGACGGCCAACACCUGAGGAACCUGAUGAUGACCUUCCGUAUUUAAACGUUACCUCGCCUGCCCACCACCAGCGCCACCACUACCGUCAACACCACCACCAGCGCCACCACUACCGUCAACACCACCACCAGCGCCACCA